AUGUCCGAAAAGCAAGUAUUGGACAACACAAUCGCUCAAAAUACAAGCGCUGGUCAAAUCGCUCCGAUUUUGAUCAAUGUUGAAGAUUAUCAUCAAGCAGCGAAAGCCAAACUACCGAAAAUGGUCUAUGAUUAUUAUCGAGCAGGUGCUGAUGAUGAAUUAACUUUACAAGACAACGUUAAUGCUUUUCGACGAAUCAAACUACGUCCACGAGUGUUUGUAAAUGUUGCUCAUCAUGACAGAGAUGAAAAUAGUUGCUCGGUGACAUUAUUAAAUGGUCAAACAAAAUGUUCAUUUCCCCUCUUGUUUGCACCGUCAGCCAUGCAUCGUAUGGCUGAUAAUAAAGGUGGUGAACGAAGUACAGCACGUGCUGCAGUUCGUGCGAAUACCGUGAUGAUUCUUUCAACACUUUCGACUACACGGAUCGAAGAUGUAGCUGACGAGCAUCAAAAAGCGCUGAAAGAAUAUCCACAAUCAACAUCACAAUUAUGGUUUCAAUUAUAUAUACUCAAAGAUCGUGAAUUUACCACGCGCUUGGUUCAACGUGCUGAAAAGGCUGGCUUCCGUGCUCUCGUUGUUACAGUCGAUGCUUCACGAUUCGGUAAUCGAGAAGCUGAUCGUCGAAAUAGUUUUCGUCUACCAGCAGAUAUGCAGUUGGAAAAUCUGUAUGAUGCUGGCUUAAAACAAGCAGACGGUAAACAUGAUUCAGCAUUAAAUGAUUACAUUGCAAAAAAUCUGGAUGCAACGUUAACUUGGAAGGAUAUUCAAUGGUUACGUCAAAUCAGUCGACUUCCGAUUAUUGUCAAAGGCAUCAUGACAGCUGAAGACGCUCAAUUAGCCGUCCAAGCUGGUGUCGAUGGAAUUGUUGUGUCUAAUCACGGGGCUCGUCAAAUCGAUACAACAUUCAGCACAAUUGAAGUUUUACCAGAAAUUGUCUCCGCUGUACGACGAAUCGAAACAACGAAAAAAGUUGAUAUUUAUCUUGAUGGAGGAGUUCGUCGUGGAACGGACAUUCUCAAAGCCGUAGCACUCGGAGCUGACGCGGUACUCAUCGGUCGACCUAUCCUCUGGGGCUUAGCUGUCGGUGGAUGUCAAGGUGUAGUUGACGUUAUCGACAUAUUCAAACGGGAAUUUAAACUUGCCGUGAUGCUUUGUGGAUGUACUUCGUUACCCAAUGGAAACAAUAUCUCGUCGUCGCCAUACUCGCAUCUAGUUGCCAUGCCAAGAUCAAGACUUUGA